AUGCUAGUCAAUACCUAUGUUCAAUAUAUCAAGUCUGAUAGAUUUAUUCAACUUGGAUUUACGUCUUCACAACCCCUACUAAGGCCAAAGCAUUGGUUUCAAUUUGCUGACGAUGCGGCUAUUACAUCUGGUGAGGAGUACGAAGCUCAAAUUCUACUGAACGCUUUUACUGCUUGGUGUUCAUGGGCCAAAAUGACUUUGCGGAUUGAUAAGUGUAAAACUUUUGGGGUUUCUAAAUUGAACUCUACAAACUCCCAAUUCCUUCCAAAAUUAUAUCUAAAUCAGUGUAUGAUUCCUACAGUAAAGCGUAAUGAAAGUUUCUGUUAUCUUGGUCGUUACUAUAAUUUUGCUAUGGAUAAUUCUGAUCACAAACGUUUGCUGUUCGAGGAGACCGAGGAAAUUCUGGGAAAAAUUGAUCGACUUGCAUUACACCCGAAGUUUAAGUUACAAUUGUAUAUGAAAUAUUUGUUACCUAAAAUCUCCUGGCAUCUGACAAUUGCGGACAUUGAUAAAACCUGGGUACGACAAACACUAGAUAUGAUGUGUCACAACAAAUUCCGUGAAUGGCUUGAAAUACCUCCCUGUGGUACUUUAGAUAUUUUACUACUUGCUAAAUCCAAAUUUUGUCUGAACAUAAUUGAUAUAUCGGCGAAAUUCACACAAUGUCAAGUUAUUUUAAGAAGCAAGUUGAAAAACUCAAGUUCACCUGACAUUCGGCAAGUGUACAAAGCCAGUAGUACAAAUACUAAUGUUCAGUACGAUCGAAUUAUCUCAAGCCGAAGGAAGUUAUUCAAGAAAUUCGGGCAGAAAAAGUUGCAAACAUCAC